AUGCACCGGGAUCGAGCCGGCGACCGCGGUUUCCAUUCAGUGUCGGAGCUAGCGCACACCACAAGCGCCCUGUGGAAGGGUCUUCAAGUGGCCGUCAAGACCCUGACCCUGACCUCCGACGCGGUGGCUGCGGGCCGUCACGCGGCGCUGCUGGAGGCCGCGCUGUCCAAAUCGAUCUUCCAUCCCAAUGUGGUCACCACGUACACAUGCGACCUGAAGCCCAUGCAUGUGGACAGCCGCAAAGGGGGGGCCAUGACGGGGCUGCAGAUACUCAACGAGACGGAGGUCAUCCAGGAGUGGAGGCUGUACAUCGUGCAGGAGUACUGCGACGGCGGCAGCCUCCGUCACGCCAUUGAGACCCGGUCCUUCCUGAACCAGUCCACGGGUAGUCCCCAGAUGGAGUGGGUGCUGCAGAUGGCGAGGGAGGUUGCGGCGGGGCUGCAGUACCUGCACGAACACAACAUCAUCCACGGAGAUCUCAACCCUGCGAAUGUUCUGCUCCGUCGCGACGACGCGAGUGUGUUGGGCUACCGGGCCAAGAUUGCGGACUUUGGGUUGUCGGUGCACAUGGCUGCGGAACAGAGCCACGUGUCGAACACCAAGAGGGCACGCCGUUCUACACAGCACCGGAGGGUGUGGCACGGUGCGGUGCAGUCCGUAGCGCACGAACGCAGGAAGACGUACGGCUUGCGCGACAGAGCCAGCGCGCACCACGAAGCGGUGCGCGGCGAUGCUCCGGAGCGCAUUGCGCGGGCCCAGGUGUGGCACGGUGCGGUGCAGUCCGUAGCGCACGAACGCAGGAAGACGUACGGCUUGCGGUGCCGUGCGCUGCAUAACGAAAAGAAAAAAAACGACAACGACGGGAAGCGACCGGCGAGGUGGACUCCCGCGGCGACGAAGCUAGCGCUCCCGAACGAAAAACACAAAAGAAAGACGCGCGGGCGCCGGGAUCGAGCCGGCGACCGCGGCCCCCACACAGCGACAGAGCCAGCGCGCACCACGAAGCGCCCACCCAUGACUGUCGCUGCUCUGGCAGCUGCAACCGGUGCUACUAUCGUCCAGAAACCCUUUGGUCCACCAGAGCCUCCGCUUGCGCCACCGGAUCCUCCCCCACUAACACCUCAGCCCCCAAAACCACCAAGGCCACCUCCAAGUCCUCCAUUACCAACACCAUCACCCCCAGUGCCUUCUCCUCCAUCACCACCGCCAGCCCCUAUGGCUUCUCCACCUCCGCCCCCACGGCCAUCUCCCCCACCACCGCCACCUCCUCAAACAUUUAGGCCGCCGAGCCCUGUGCACAACCCUACAAUCAGCCCACCUCCACAGAUACCUCUCACUCCAUUGCCCACAUCAUCUAGGCCAUCGCCUCCACCCCAUGCUCCAGGCCUUCAACCCUCACCACAAUUGACUAAUCCGCCACCAUCUGCUGCUCCCCCCAUUGUUUCGCCUCCUCCUUCCCCAACACCUCCCUCCCCAUCCCCUUCCUCCUUACCCUCAUCUAAACCACCAUCUCCAUUACCUUCUCCAUUCCCUGGUACAUUUUCACCUUUAUGGCCAUCACCACAAUUUGCACCGGCCCCGCUGCGUCCUAAGCCCCCCAAGCCCCCUCCUACACUGAGCCCGGUGCCUCCACUACAGCCACCAUCACCAUCAGCAUCACCAAGGGUUCUCCCGCCACCACCGCCAGACCACCCGCCCCUGCCACCGCCUCCUCGGCGCCGUACAGUAUCACCGUCCCCGCCGCCACCAUCACCACCGCCCGGAUUACCACCGCCACAACCGAGCCCAGCUCCUCCCCUGCUGCCGCCUGUCCGCCAAACCCUGCCACCACCACCCCGCCGCCGUACAUCACCACCACCACCGCUGCCAUUCCCAUCAUUACCACCACGACCACUGCCUCUUUCACCCGCACCACCACCUGCUCCUACGACGAUUAUAUGGGCAACAGAUGCUGUAACAGCAGAUGCCCCCGAUCAGGCAAAGAAGGUGGUGGGUCCUCCAAGAAGUGCGGUGCUUCAAAUUACCAAAUGCACCCGGCCUGCCGCACUCCUUGCCUGGGCGCCGGCAUCACGCAAGGCCUCCCAGCGGCUGUUGCAGGUGACCUUUCCAGCCACCAGUGCCUCCCAGGUCCGGGCAGUGGGGUUAUUCCUGCUCAACCGGGGAGUCCUGGACCCGCUGAUAACGAGUGUCAAGCUGCUGCUGUCAGGCGGAGGAUCUGGCAGCACGGCUACAGUAGUCGUGCCUAUCUUUGAGGCCUCCAAGGACACCUCUCCAACGUACACCUGCCCCGGCAUGACUAACUUCACUGUCAGCUCCUCGGUAGCAGCCUCACGUGCGGGGCUGAGCUCCCCGGACUUCCUCAGCCGAUCAGUGCUGGGGGUCUGGCUGGAGUUCAACAGUGAAGCAGUGUUGGCGGUGACAGACCUGCCCUUUGUGGCCGCAGUCGGAAUGACUGUAGUACUAAGUUAG